GCUCCAAGCUCAGUUGCAAUCGAAACAGUGACCAAAUAUCAGUUCAAUACCCAAGCUCAAUUCAAGAUGAAAUACUUUGCUGUGCUGCUGCUGCUGUGCGCCCUCUUGGGCUCUGUGUUGGCUACCUUGAAGAAUCCUGUCUGCGGUGAGGAGUUUGCUAAGAUCGGCACCUGUCGUGCCCUGCAGCCAAUGUGGUCGUAUCGCCAGGAGACCAAUGAGUGCAUCUCCUUCAACUAUAGUGGCUGCCAUGGCAACAACAAUCUCUUCGAGUCGCAGAGCCUUUGUGAGCAGACCUGCAAAGUUUGAGUGAAAUCAUUUCCAAUGUUUGAGUAAAUAAAUAUUGUUUUUGCUGUUUUUUUGUUUAAA